AUGGCUUCCGACGGAGACUUGAUCGAGCUGAAACUCGACGGGGUGGUUCGAUACACCUUACGCACCACUGAUACAGGCGAGACCAUAAUAGACGCCAAAUGGAUCUCAACACGCACCCUCGCCACCGGCCAGACAGGAACCGGUCGCGCCGUUCGACGAAAGGCGACGACGACCGAGGAACCAUCGAGCGGAAAAUCCGGCUUCGAGGGAGCGUGGACCAUAGAAUAUUAUGGGCCGGAUGGCAAUUUGGCAGUCACGCCCUUUCUUCUAGACCUGGUUAAAAAGGGAGAGAUCUAUCAUGGAAAGUGGGCAGACCCGAAAGGGCGACCUUUGCUGGAAGGCUUCGGCUUCGAGGACGACGGGAAACUGUACAUGAGAUAUGGAGAUAGAUGGGUGUAA